AGGCACUUGAGCCAUGCCACCAAAUACGACCAAACACUAUUGCUCAACGUCUACGACGACGACCAGCCCUCAUUGGCCCUUGUAACUGGCUUCACGGUCACUAAGCAGCCUUCUUCUUUCUUCUUUCUUAUAGAUGAGGGGGUUGGCUUUUCCUUCCAACUCAAUAUCUGACCGGGAAAGCUUUCAGGAUGAUGGAACUCCUGGGAGCAACAUCGACAUACCGCUAGACCCAGCACUUGGAGGACCUGAACCACAAGCGGAACUACAAUCCACACAGGAGAUAACAGAUGUGCAAAACCUCCAGAUCCAGCCACUCCCAGAACUACCCCAAAACUUUCCCAGUACCACCAUCCCAUACUUAAAUCAGUAUGACCAAGGCCCUCAAGGAGAUCCUUUUGCGCCUCCAACUGCGUUCUUUCCACCUCCAGCGUUACUUGAUGAAACCCAUGUACAAAUACCCAAGCCUGUGAAACGGAAGAAGAAACCAAAGCGUGAAGAGGAAUGUGGUUUUUGUCAGGGAAAUGAUUCCAAGAACAAGCAUGGAGAAGCGGAGCAAAUGCUCAGUUGUGAUGUGUGUGGUCGUAGUGGACAUGCAUCGUGUAUGGAGUUGGAAUCACCAAACCUCGAAAUGCUAAGGUCAUAUCCUUGGAAAUGUAUAGAGUGUAAAAACUGCGAGAUCUGCAUGGAGAAAGGGGACGAUAACCGCAUUUUAUUUUGUGAUUGUUGUGACCGAGGAUGGCAUAUGGAUUGUCUCGACCCCCCUCUGGAAGAACCCCCAACAGGACGAUGGUCAUGUCCUCAAUGUCCACCGGUUGAUGAGUUUGAAGUCGAAGACCAGGGACCUGAAGAGGAUGACAUGGUUGACGACACCAAUUCAACUGACGAACCCAUCCGAGGGGCUUCUGUUGCAUCGACAUCCUGUUCUCAUGUCCCUCCCCCUCAGCCACGGAAGCGUCCGAAAACAAAGAGAGGACGAGCGAGACGACCACGCUUCAGACCUGACUCAGAACUAGAGGAACCUGAACUCGAGGUUCGUACUCCCGCAAGAAGAGGCAGGCCACCGAAGGUUGCCACCCAGUCGCCCAAGAAACGAAACGGUCGCCUCAUACUGGAAGACAGCGAAGACGAGGACGUUCUUCAAUCUUCCUCGCGGCAAUCAAAACGGAUUCGAAUAAGUGCACCGUCCAUACCUCGCGUACGGCUUCGGCUUGGGAAAGGGAAAGAAAGAGAAGAUGAAGAGUCGAAGGGAAUGUUCGACGAUUUCCUUGGCGAAAUGGAACGAGAUACGACGAGUACCACUAUCACCAAUGUAGAUCUUCAGCGUUUCCAGCGGAGUCGUGAUAUAGCAGAGGCCAACUUAGCACCUCCAGCCCCUCCAUCACACGCUCAUGUCUCAGAACCGCCAGACACACCUAUCGCCGGUCCUUCUUCCCGUCCUCUCCGUUCAGCUACACAUCAUUAUACACCCGCCAAUAUACCCUCUGCUUCUCCAGCCGUAUCCUCACCUGGACCAAGCACAAACCCUUUAGCCACAUCUCCCACUUUACGGAUUCGCUCGAUUCGGUUUGGUCCGUACGAAAUUAAGACAUGGUACGAUGCACCCUUUCCCGAAGAAUACGCCAACAUUCCCGACGGGCGCUUGUGGAUAUGCGAAUUCUGUCUCAAGUACAUGAAAGGCAAGUUUGGGGCGGUUCGUCACCGGACAAAAUGCAAGGCCAGACAUCCCCCGGGUGAUGAGAUUUAUCGUGAUGGAGCCAUCUCGAUCUUUGAAGUUGAUGGGAGGAAGAACAAGAUUUAUUGCCAAAAUUUAUGUCUACUAUCAAAGAUGUAUUUGGAUCACAAGUCCUUGUUCUAUGAUGUUGAGCCGUUUCUAUUUUAUGUCAUGACUGAGGUGGACGAUGUGGGGGCGCGGUUUGUGGGAUAUUUCAGCAAAGAGAAACGGAGUCCCAAGGACUACAACGUCAGCUGUAUCAUGACACUACCUGUUCGACAACGGAAAGGAUGGGGUAACCUUCUUAUCGACUUUAGUUAUCUAUUGUCCAAAAAGGAGAAACGGACAGGUUCUCCUGAAAAGCCGUUAUCUGGACUGGGUACAUUGGGUUAUAAAAACUACUGGACGUUAUCUUUAAUGAGGUAUUUGGAAACAGCGCCUGAUGGACCAUUAUUGGAAGAUAUAAGCGCAGCGACAUCGAUGACCAUCGAAGAUAUCUACAAUACGCUUGUUCAACAGGACAUGAUCACCCAUAGUCCGGCAUCCCCUCCACCGGUACGACCAUCUCCUGGUCAGUCGAUAAAGUAUCCUAAAGGCCGUAGAAGUGGCAUCGCUCGACGUCAUCUACAACGGACGCAGACGAACGAUAAACCUGCAGAAGAAACACCCAACGGACCUUUUGUUCCUCCGGCUCACUAUAAGAUUCACUGGGACCGUGACAGGGUAUCUCAGUAUCUCGCCACAUGGGAGGUGAAGGGAUACUUGACCCUCAAGCCGGAGAAGUUGAAAUGGAGUCCAUUCUUUUCUAAUCAUACGAAGAAGACGGAGGCGCUGCAGGCUACGGAUACAGAUAAAUUGGCGAUGGCGAGUAAGCUGGCUCAUCAAGAACAAGGGAUUGGUUCUGCACCCGAUAUAGUAGCCGAUCCUGCAGUUACGGCUGAUGGGAGUGCGGAAGGGACCCCACUUUCGCUCUUUGACGACGAUGAUUUCGUUCAGGCACCGGGGCGGCAAAAGAUGGAAGAAGAUGCGACGGAAGUGGACCGAGAGGGAACUACCGAGUCUGAACGCCACGAACUGCCGAAUGGAAAUGGCAAACAUCUGAGCGAGUCAAACCGGCUUUUUACACCAACGCCCGAACCGGCUGCCUCUGAAGAUCAACUUUUCACUCCUCCCCCGAACUCGGAGUCACCUUCUGUGGAACUGAACGGAGCAAAUGGGAUAGGGGCAUCGAAGAGCGUGCAAAAUGAGGUGGGUGUGUUGAAGGACAUCACCUCUCGGAAGCCUUUGGACAACGGUUCGGCCGCUCGAGAGACACCUCCCGUUGUUGUGAAAAGAGGACGUGGGCGACCGAGAAAGACAGGACAACAAAGACAGUGGGAACAGGAGCAGCAGCAGGAUAUGGUUGAGCUGAAGACGAAAGGAAGGCCGAUAACAAGAUCGAAGAAACAGACAGAAGCGUCGCCCAUGAAGCUCAGCACGACCAGAAGAAGAAGGAUGGCGAUGUCGUCUUCGCCCGAAUUCGAUACGACACCCGUCGGGCGUGUCAAUGGGCUCCUUUCAACUGGUGAACAAGUGCACAGAGCCACUGAGGACCAGAUGGUUGACGUCAAGGUGGAGGACCUGGGUACACCUUCCACAGUUCAGGAGAGUCGGCACAGCUUUCCGAGUGAUGUGACGGUGAAGGGUUCAGAUGAGCCGGUAAAGGCAGCGAAUGGAGAUAUGGACGUGGUGAUGACGUUUGACCAGGAAGGGAACGUUGCAGACUCUGACCCAGAUGCAGACGGAGACUACGAUAUGGAAAUAGGAGAAGUGUAGUGGUGUCCAUACAGAGUACUUUCUUGACCAGAUUUUCUUGAUAUCAUGUAGUAUUGUAGGGUGAAUUGUAAGACCAUUAUUGCGCUU